CUGCGGGGAGGAUGGAGACACAGCGCGAGCACCUGGUGUGGGGCGCGGAGGAGGCUGUGGCGGCCGGGAGCGGGGCCAGGAGACAGCGGAGGAGCAGAGCGCACGGUCCGCCCGCCGCCCGCCACUAGGGGAGGGGGGGAAAGGAAGGAAGGACGGACUGACGGACCUGCAGGCCGGACUAGCUCCCCACGAGGGCCCUCUCGGCCCCUGACCACCAGCCUUCCCGCCGCCUUCGCGGCUGCUGCUUCCUCUCCCGCCGCCCGUAGGGCCCCGCUGGGCCCUAGGGACGGGUCAGCGCCCCGGCCCCCGACGCCUUCCCGCGGCUCAGAGGCGGUGGCCGCCUCCCGCUCCCUCCCACGAACGGGGGGAGGGACCGCUCUCGCCCCCGGUUCUCCCCGCCUCCUCCCCCGCCCUCCGCAGCCCGCUCCGCCGCCGCGCUCUGCUCACGCGGGCGGCGCUGACCCGGGAAGCAGCGCCUUCAGCUCCGCGAGCGGCCGGUGGAGGCGGAGGCAGCGGCGGGCUUCAGGCCGCCCGGGCCGGCGCUGCUCUGCCGAGCGGGAGCUCGAGGCCGGCGGAGGUGGGCGGUGAUGGAAGCGUGAGGAGGCGGUGGCGGGCCCGGGGACUGUGAGGCGGCGUGUGGCGGCGGCGCGGAGCGUGAGAGGCGAGGAGCGCGGGUGGGGGCGCUGGAGCAGCGGCUCUCCCGCGGCUUCGAGCCCCGCUCCCCUGCCCGCGACGCGGGAUUAGCCGCCCGCCCGUCGACCCUUCUGCUCAGUCCAACGCCGCUGCUCGGCCCGCCCUCGCGCUGGGAGCGGGUGCCGGGGGCAGCGUGGGGCUUGGCUCUCUGAUUCAUUCAUUCGCCGCCGCCAGCAGCCUCAGACCUGCGGUGCUCCGAAGAGAGGAGGGAAGACGGGCAGCCGCGAAUGAAGGGCCGGGCGCCAGCAGGGCUCCAUUGUGCUCGGCGGCGCGAGGCGGGAAGGGGCUGAGGGAGGUGGGAUCGGGCCCCCUCCCCCUGCUCCCCGGCGUGCGCUGCGCCCCCAGCCUGCUGCCAGCCUGGAAAUGGCUCCGUUUAUUCUCCUCGGGAGAAUGAAUCGAUCCUGCCCAGUCUUCUCUUCCUCCUCCCCACCUCCUCUCUGCUCCGAGUCUUAGGAGGGGAAACAUUUAAAAGACAGAUUCCAAUGUGGAGUGCCGUGCACAUCGCGAGCUGUUGGGUUUGCACUUCGAGGAGAUUUUUCUAUCUAGCUUUUUCUAACGUGAGCGCAGGGAAGCAGUGGCAUGACUGCUUUUAGGAUUUUUAUUUUCUCGUAGGGAUCUCUGUAAAGUGCACGUCGCAUUGGGUUACAUGCUCCACCCCCAAGGGAACUGGUGUGGUGGAGAAAUUUGAACCCGCAGCCUUAGUAGCACCAAAAGGCCGAGUUACCUGGCUCUCCCCGAGUGUCUAGGAGGACAUGAGCGAAAUGACCACCGAACUCAUUUUUUAUAGGACUCGGUGAAGCUGGAUUCUGCGUUUCCGACAGACACGUAGACUCAUUUUGUGGAAUAGAGUUGACCGCUGUCUCCUCCGCGCAGCAUUUUAACUCUAAUAAGCAAAUGCCACCUCUGCUUGAACGUUUUGGUAUUUACGAGAGAGAAAUCCUUUUACCUAAGGGAACUAAUUGAAUUGUCAGGCACCACUGAAAUACCUCCAGAAAAGGAUCUCGGGGGGUGGAAAAGCAACUGCGAAAUAGCAGACGGAGAAAUUCCUUUGGAAGUUAUUCUGUAGCAGAAGAGCAGAAACUUCAGAGCAAGUUCUCAUUGGGCAAAAUGGGGGAACAACCCAUCUUCAGCACUCGAGCUCACGUCUUCCAGAUUGACCCAAACACAAAGAAGAACUGGGUACCCACCAGCAAGCAUGCAGUUACUGUGUCUUAUUUCUAUGACAGCACAAGAAAUGUGUAUAGGAUAAUCAGUUUAGAUGGCUCAAAGGCAAUAAUUAAUAGCACCAUCACCCCAAACAUGACAUUUACUAAAACAUCUCAGAAGUUUGGCCAGUGGGCCGAUAGCCGGGCAAACACUGUUUACGGACUGGGAUUCUCCUCUGAGCAUCAUCUUUCAAAAUUCGCAGAAAAGUUUCAGGAAUUUAAAGAAGCUGCUCGACUAGCAAAGGAGAAAUCACAAGAAAAGAUGGAACUUACCAGUACACCUUCACAGGAAUCAGCAGGCGGGGAUCUUCAGUCUCCUUUAACACCAGAAAGUAUCAAUGGAACAGAUGAUGAAAGAGCACCUGACGUGACACAGAACUCAGAACCAAGGGCUGAACCAACUCAGAAUGCAUUGCCAUUUUCACAUAGUUCAGCAAUCAGCAAACAUUGGGAGGCUGAACUGGCUACCCUCAAAGGAAAUAAUGCCAAACUCACUGCAGCCCUGUUGGAGUCCACUGCCAACGUGAAACAAUGGAAACAGCAACUAGCUGCAUAUCAAGAGGAAGCAGAACGUCUGCACAAGCGAGUGACUGAGCUUGAAUGUGUUAGUAGCCAAGCAAAUGCAGUGCAUACCCAUAAGACAGAAUUAAAUCAGACAAUACAAGAACUAGAAGAGACGCUGAAAGUGAAGGAAGAGGAAAUAGAAAGAUUAAAACAAGAAAUUGAUAAUGCCAGAGAAUUACAAGAACAGAGAGACUCUUUGACUCAGAAACUCCAGGAAGUAGAAAUUCGGAACAAAGACCUGGAGGGACAGCUGUCUGACUUAGAGCAACGUCUGGAGAAAAGUCAGAAUGAACAAGAAGCUUUUCGCAAUAACCUGAAGACACUCUUAGAAAUUCUUGAUGGAAAAAUAUUUGAACUAACAGAGUUACGAGAUAACUUGGCCAAGCUACUAGAAUGCAGCUAAGAAAAGUUAAAUUUCAGUGCCAAUUGAUUAAAAAAUACACUGUCUCUCUUCAUAGGACUGUUUGGGCUCUGCAUCAAGAUCGCACAAAAAAAUUGAAUAUCAUUCCUCCUCCAGGAGGAUGAUCUUUUGAAAAUUGGAAUUGUAUAUUUCAGUGUAAAUUUUAGAAUUCAGCUUGUAGCUAGUUGGGGAAAAAAAAAGAGAUGAAAACUUGAACUACAAAUUACCUCCAUGUAUAUUAUUGGCCAUAGUUAACUAGAAAGUUAUAAAUAGACACUUAAUGCAAUCUUUUUUUUCUGAUAUUAGCCAAUGGGAGAAUUAACAAUGUCUGGGUCACAUCCCCUUUUUGUGUUCAACACAGUGAAGGUUAUCUGCUUCUUAAAUUAAUUUAUUUAUGAUAUCUAAAGCUGUGUUUUGUGCAAAAACUUAGUGAUGAAAGCCCUGUCUUCUGUUGUAAUCUGAAUAAUUUCUCAGGAUAUUUUUGCACUGCUAAGAAGCAGUGCCAUUACCAAUUAAUUCUUGCCAGGAGUGAGAGAGAGCUGUAUCUUUAAUUGAAACAUACUUAACUAGAACUGGGUGUAUAGAGUUCUUCCCUUUUUUUAUACUGGAAGAUAUUUCACUCGGUGACCACUCUGGUACACUCUGGUGUUCUUUAAUCUUGUCUGCUGUAUAGUUUACUUUUCCACAUUGAUUCCAUGUAUUUAUGAGAAGAUAUUGUCUCCCAUUUUAUUACACAUUUUAAAGCCAACUAACGAAGGCAGCUGAGUCCCUCAGAAAUUUUUCUUUUUAAAUUUCUAAUAAAUUUGACACACAGUACUGAAAUACAGCAGCCCGUCAUUGACGGUCUGGUCUAGCAAUGUUAAGUAUAUUUACAGAAUAUGCAGUUACAUUUAUUUAUAUAUUUUGCAAGAAAUCUUUUCUGAAUGAUCAAUGCAUUUCAAUUUACAAAUAAUAAUGGUUACUGGGGAACUGUUUAUUAUAGAUCAUUUUAAGGUGUAUAGCAAUUUUAAAGGGGAUCCAUUUCCAUCAAACAGCCAAUCAGAGGACUGUGGGGGUUGGAGCCGUGUACUCUGUCUGGGUCUUCACAUCAACCACAUCUCUAGUCAAACCUCACAAGGCAAUAUUCUGAACUGUUAACUAGGCAUUUCAAAACAAGAAUUCAACAGGCUCUUCUCAAUGAACAAGUUUUAAUGUUGUUUUGAUGUAAUUUUAAAAGACUUUUAGCAAACAUGCAUUUCUUUCUAUAUUUCUUUGAAGAAGCUAUUUUAAAAGUGAGCCAAGUGCUGUCUAGUCUGCUUAUGGAGUUAGGAAUGCAUCAGAGUCCAUAUAUCUUUGCUGUACAAUGCCUGUGAUGUUGAGGAGGGUUCUUUUUUAAAGUGUAUGCUUGAGUAUCUGACUCUGUGGAGUCUACGAAUGCACUGACUUUGUUUGUACCCCAAAACAAUUGAAUUGUUAAGUACAAAAUUAAGCUAAUUAAUCGAUUUGUAACCAUUUUUUCACACAACAACGCAACACUAGACAAUUUUGUUUUAUAUAUGUAUGUGUAUGUAUGUAAAUACAUACAUAUUAAUUUAUAUUAGAGUGAAAAAUAAAUGGUUUGUUUCUAAAGUUAGUUUCUAAAGUGAGUUUUCAGGUGUCUCUGAAAAGUUUAUAUCAGACACUUAAUCAUCAUGUAUUAUAUGUGCUAUAACAUCAUGUAAGUUACCUCCAUCUAUUUUAGGAUAUUUUCCUCACCUGUUUAUUAUAGGGAGGAUAAUUUAGGUACACAAGCUCAGAGCUGAGAUAUUUCUCUGAUAAAUCAGGUAAUAAAAUUAUUUGAUUGAUGGAAUUUUGAAGUAGAUGUGAUUUUAUCCAUCAGUUUCUGAGUAAUAAAGAGCACCAGAUUUUAAUUUAAAUAGGGGAUUUAACACUAGGGAUCAGGGAAUUUAGUUAUGAAGAGUUAAAAAUUAAAAAAAAAAAACAGUAUAAGCUAUUGAAAUGGUAAGUGAAUUAUUUUAAUGAUGUAAUAAGAUAUUUUUAAAUUUUGACAUCGUUGUCAUUUAAUGGGAAAAUAACUCACCAAAAUGUCUCCACUUGAGUUGUACUGAUACGUGAGACAUGUGUGUAAUUCAAUAUAUACAUAUACCCAUAUGUAUAUACAGAAAAUUAUUUUUAAUAUUUUCCUACUGAUAAGAAAUUUAAAAUUGGAAAUUUUGUGAGUUUUUUCCUUGUCCAAUAAGGCCUAAUUUUUUUUCUUUUUUUAGGGAUUUAACAACUUGAGGGCUGCACCUUUAAAUUCCCAGAUUGUCUUUAGACGUGUACAGUAUAUGGGAUAAGGUGGACACAAGUGCACAUAUAAAUAAAAUCUUCUUAGUAAGACUGUUUUCAGUAUUAAUUUACAGUAGGAGAGUAUCUAGAAAUCGUCAUCUACAAGUCAUAAUUAGGUUGUGUGCCUACUGUAGUUUUCUCCAUUUCUGUAUUGUAGAAAUAAAAGUUUGCAUAUUAAAAUUUGAUUUUUCCCAGAGACAAGUAUUAUAUGAUGUAUCUAUAUUUAGAUCAAAUUGUGGUAAUAUAUUUAUCAGAAAAUGAUGCUGGGGACUGUAGCCUGAACAUGGACUUGAAGUGACACAGAAAAGGAGAGCAGAGAUCGAUCCCAUUGUGUAUAAGUUACUAUAUGAUAAUUAUGAAUUCUUGUACAAAAAACAACUGAAAAAAAGGAAAAACAAAAAUACAGUUUUUAUUUUGAAAUACAUUUGUUGUUCUCUGGAGAAUGUACUUUAUCUUCUUUUUCCUUCAGUCUUUUACAGAUACUUUUUAAAAGGCAUUUUAGUGAUGGCAGCAUUUGCUCAACUCCUACAGGUGCUACUGGAUUUCACAUUUAGUGUGUUAUGUUGUGAAAUCCUAACUUUGACAUAAACGGUUUUAUGAGUAUCUCCCUGCCUGGAAAAUUAGUUUUUGUUUCUCCUCUCUCUCCUUCUCUCCCUCUUUGUCUCUCGCUCCUUCUCUCGCGCUCUUUUCUCCCUUUCUUUCUGCAGAUUAAAAAAAGUUCAUGAAGUUACAUCCGUCCUUGUCCUCACAGAAGAGCUUCAGCCCUCUCAUGGAUUUCAUGUUUUGCUCUCAUUUAACUGCCGGGAAGCAAUUAGAGGAAAAGCUUGCAGGUUUUUUUUUCAAGUGGAAAUAAAAGGGACACUCGAAAUUAAACUACCACCUUUUAAAGCUCCUUUUCUGCCCUGUUAAAAUUAAAUGUCUUCUCUCACAUGUGUGCUCUGGCCUUCCAUGUUUGUGUUUAACUGUGGAGUGAGCAUCUCAGCUGCUUUCUCCCUGCAGACCUGGUUUUCUGUCUGUUCUGGAAGGGACACUGGCCAGAGGCAAAACUUGUUUGGUGGCAGUGUUUUGUUUUUUAAGAAAUUGUGUCGUUUAUUGUGUAUCAAAUGAUUUUACCAAUCCCGAUAAGCUGUGCGUGAAGUCCUGGAAUAGUCUUCAUUGAAUUUUUGUCUUCUUCAUGUUUAGCUCUGUUUCCUUACCAUUCAUAAGGUAAAUUAAUUUAUAUAAAAUCUUGAGGAAGCUUUCAGGUAAGAAGUAGUUCAGAAUGACAUGUUUAAAAAAAUUUUUUUUUCUCAAGUAGGAUGCUGUACUAUAGUAAGUAUUGGUUGAGAAGAUAAUUUUCAAAUGAGAGAAUAUUUUUUAAACUACUAGAAAAGGAUAAUUUUAGAAUGGAAGCAGGUGAAUCAUUCACCCUACUUUAGAUUGUGAAAUGCAUUUUUUCCAACCUAAAAUUGGACCUUACAUUUUGACAACAGUUUUUCUUUAUGGGAAAUUGAUAUGUACAUGUCACAGAAAUGUAAGCAUCAUUAUUGAAUUAAAGAAAUGGUUUGUUGUUGUUCAUAUAUUACCUAGUAAAAUAGCUAACAAUUUUAUCCAAGAAAAAAACCUCAAAACUCAAAUCAGCACUGCACUGCCUAGUGAUUUCUGCUUCACUAGAUAGAAAAGAAACAUUUGAAGUUAUUUUUACCCAAAACAGGUGACCCAGGUAGAGAAAUUGCAUCUAUGCUAGAAUAGGGAAAAGGCCACGAGCUCCCAGUUUAUUUCUGGUCAAUUCUCUGAUCUCAUUAAGGUCCCUUCUAUCCUUUGGAUGAAAGAACACAUUCCAGCAGGUGGCAGGAGCUUAUCUGGAGGAGGAGAGGAUAUUUUUUGAGAAAGCGGGGCCAGCAAAGAGUGGGAGCGUGCUGCCCUCAGUCUUUAUCUAUCUAAGGCAGGUCAGGCUAGCCAGAGACAUUGUCGUUUUUCACUAAACAAGUUGGGGUUGCCUUAAUGAAUUUUAAGGGCUUUCAGAAGAUCCUGUCAUUUGUACUGUCAGCAUUUAUAACCUAACAGAAGACACCUCUCAUUCAGAACUCACCAUUCUGUGAAUUCUGACCAACUUUUGCCAAUUCUUUUCACAUCAGGGGCGCCCAGGUGGCUCAGUCGGUUGAGUGCCCGACUUCGGCCCAGGUCAUGAUCUCACAGUCUGUGAGUUCAAGCCCCGCAUCGGGCUCUGUGCUGACAGCUCAGAGCCUGGAGCCUGCUUCAGAUUCUGUGUCUCCCUCUCUCUCUGCCCCAUCCCCACUCAUGCUCUGUCUCUCUCUGUCUUAAAAAUAAAUAAAACAUUAAAAAAAAUUUUUUUAAUUCUUUUCACAUCAGAUCUACCCAGGGAUAGAAAUAGUACUCUGCUUUCUCCUAGUAACACCAAAUUAAGAUGAUAAUGAGUACCUAAUAGAUGCAAAAUUAAGCCCAUUUCUGUACCACAGGAAAAUGUCUUUUGUGAGUAUUUUUUCCACCAAAAGUCAAGGUUUUAUCUUGUUAUCUAUGUUUUAUAACUAUGCUACUAUAUAUGCAUGUAUAGUAAGUUCUUAUCUACAUGACUUGUGUGUAGGACUUAUUUGAUUGUUACACCUUAAAUGGAAUGACUGUUUGAUAAAACAUGGCCAGAAAGCAGGUGCUCUUGAAGUAAAUGAUUUCUCAACAACCUCAGUGUGAAGUGGAACAGAAAGGAGUGUUUGUUGAAUCUGUGCCAUGUGACGGACACUGUACUAACUGUUUGACAUUUCAUUUCUAUGUAUAGGGGCCCUUGCAGGGGUGUUCCUUUGCGAGGGGGAUGAGGGAAAGAAAGGGAAGAGGCUCAGAUGAUUUCACCUGCUGGGUUGCUACAGAGAUCAGUCUGGUCGUCCAGUACGCCAGUCAGAAGGUGGAGAUCUUGUUCAUGUUUCUGGUACAGUUUUUCCCUCUAGCUUGACUGCCUUGUUUCUAGAAUAUCUGCUAGGGUACUUCUUAACUGUAUAUUUUAUAUUUCCUCCUUUUGAACUUUGUCCUUCAGCCUCCGUUGGUGUUUACAGUGCUUGCUAUCACUUGGUUGCAAAUGGUACUUUGCCGAUCAUAUUUAUGCAGUGUGUUUUAGUUCCAAUUUUUUUUAACUUAAAAACUUCAGAUAAUCCAAGGACAGUGCGCUUGUUAUGCAGAGUUCCAGUCAAUAAAAUUUAAGUAGGAACUAUUUAUAACUAUCUAUAAAGACCUUGGGAGGACCAUUCAUCUCUUAAAUUCCUUAGUGAAAUAAGCUGUAAACCUGUAAAACUCAUCCCCCAAGACUAAACACUAGUUCAGCAGGAUGUGGGUUUUGCAGUCAGUGUUAGUUAGGUGACUUUGUGGUCAAUUCUGGUUGCACAGAAGUCAAGGCGGCUCCAGGUUGAUCACAUCAUUAGAUCAGCUGCAGAAGUACCUCAUGGCCUAGAUUUUAGGUGAUACCGAUGGAAUCAUACGAUAUUUGUCUUUUUUGUGUCUGGCUUAUUUAUUUGACUUAGCAUAAACUUUUCAAGGCUUAUCCAUAUUGUGGCAUAUAUCAGAAUUUCACCCCAUUGUAUGGAUAUACCACAUUUUGUUUCCAUUCAUCUGUUGAUAGACUCUUGGGUCAUUUCUACCUUUUGGCUGUUGUGAAUGAUUCUUCAAUGAACCUUCAUUUAUGAAUUGUUUGGGUCCCUGCUUUCAUUUAUUUGGGUAUAUGCGUAGGAAUGGAAUUGCUGGACAAUAUGGUAAUUUUACGUUUAACUCUUUGAGGUAGGAUUGGGUUUCAGUUGUGUUAAUUUCAAAGACUCAGAGUAAAAUGCCAUCUCACUGGAAAUCAAGCUGUGGGGUCAGUGUUUGUUAACAGACCUGUAAGUGAUCCCUCGAUACCUCACUUAGGCCUUUUACUCUCUAACCUAGAAUAUUUAUUGAGUACAGACUAUGUCCUAUGCCCCAUUUUGGAAUAGAGACCAGAGAGAGAGUCUCCUAAUCCAGUGUAGGAUACAGACAGUUACUUCACAGUAUGCAAGUGCUGUCAUAAAGGAGAGCACUAUUGGGGCGCCUGAGUGGCUCAGUCGGUUGAGCAUCCGACUUGAGCUCAGGUCAUGAUCUCAUGGCUUGUGAGUUCAAGCCCCGCAUCGGGGUCUGUGCUGACAGCUCAGAGCCUGGAGCCUGCUUCAGAUUAUGUCUCUGUCUCUACCCCUCCCCCACUCAUGCUCUGUGUCUCUCUCAAGAAUAAAUAAACAUUAAAAAAUAAAACAAAACAAAAAGGAGAGCGCUAUUAUGAGGGAUCCCAGAGAGAAGAGGAGUUGUGAAGUCUUUCCCAAAAGACUGAAGAUUCCUGACUGAAUCUUGAAGAAGGCGUAGGAGCUAGCUGGUUGAAGAAGGGGUAAAAUUGCAGAGAACUUCAGAGUAUGUCAUGUGCAAAGGCCCAGAGAGAUGAAAGCAUUGAGACAUUGAGAAAAUUAGAAUGGGUUAGUGAACUGAAACACAGGAUGUUAGGGAAGGAGAUAUAGCAAGAUGGUGGUAGAGAAGGCGGCAAAGGGUAGAUCAGUAAAGUCUUUGUAAGUCAUAUGGAAGAUUCGGAUUUUAUUCAGAAAGUAAUACAGAGAUAGUGAAGGAUUUUUUUGUAAACAAGUGAUGUAAUAAAAAAUAUGUUCUGAGGGUACCUGGGUGGUUCACUCAGUUAAGCGUCCAACUCUUGAUUAUGGCUCAGGUCAUGAUCUCACCAUUGGUGAGAUCGAGCCUCACAUCAGGCUCUCUGCUGAGAGCUUGGCGACUGCUUGAGAUUCUCUCUCCCUCUCUAUCCCUUCCCCCACUCGUGUGUGUGUUCUCUCUCUCAAAUAAAUAAACAUUAAGUGUGUGUAUAUAUAUAUAUACACUUAAUGUGUAUAUA